AUGGGUAACGACGCUUCUAAAGGGUGCUCAACACCGUUGAGCGAUCUGGAAAUUGCUGUACUCAUAGCCAAUUCAAGACUUAGUGAGAAGGAAAUUCGAGCCAUGUAUGACGAUUUUCAAAAAAAUGGUGGAGAAGGUGAUGGAAAAAUAUCUCGCGAUGAAUUUGAAGAGUAUUAUCAAAAGACUGUUGGAAUCGACGAUAAACGUGGCAUCUUAGUCGAUAAUGCUUUUGCUGCAUUUGACGCUAAUCACGAUGGUUAUAUCAGUUUCACCGAAUUUGUUUUUGCUGUUUUGGCCCAUGGUAAAACGGAUUUGAACGGUAUAUUGGAUUUUUCAUUCGCCGUAAUGGAUACAUCUGGUGAUGGCCGUAUUAGCUUUAAUGAAUUGAAAACUUAUUUAGAAAAAGCGAUGAUAUUAGCAGUUGGACGUAAGGAAGCAUCAACGAUUAAUGUCGAUCAACAUGCUAAAGAUAUUUUCCGAGAUUUUGGUCUUACUCAAGCACAGAAAUUGAAUAAAGAACAAUUUAUUCAAGGAUGUACAAAGAACGAAGAACUCGCCAGUAUAUUUACUGAAUUGAAAUAA